AUCACCUAGCACUUGUUUCAAUAUGGCGGAAGAUGAUGAUGUCCCUCCUUUAGAGGAUAUGUCAGAACUUUUACAAAGAGUUGAUGAGUUAAGGGAAUUCAAGUCAAAAUCUAACACUGCACAAAUUCAACCAAAUGUUUUAUCUCAAAGAGAACAGAUCAUAGAAAAGGAAAAUAUUCAUAAAUCUAACCAAAAGAAGCCCGAGACUAAUGCAUUUGGACACGCCAGCAGUCACGAAAAGAAAAGUGUAUCUAAAGAUGCAGGUGGCUUUGGUGGAUUUAAAAAGGGAUUUUUGUUUGGUGGAAGUCCUGAUACAAAAUCAAAGCCAAAACAGAGUACAACAAAUGACUCCAAAACUGUGAACAAUGAUACAACUAAUGAUUCAAUUCCCUAUUUAAAGCCAAAAGAAACAAAAGAGAAAGAAUAUGAAAUUCCAGAAGUACAAACAGCCAUGAAAAGUGCAGAAUCCCUUUUACAAAAUAAGGAUUGGAUCACAGAUGAUUUACUUGGGAAAGUUGAAAACAAUGAAGUCCUAUUCAAAAGGUUGUCAGAUCCCUCAUUCACGAAAGCAUUGACAGAAUUUCAAACCAAUCCACAAGCAGCAAUGCUGAAGUACAAGGAUAAUCAAGAAGUGCAGCAAUUUUUCAAAGAAUUCUGUGGACUUUUAGGUGACCACUUUUCAAAUAUGCCAGAUGGUCAGCCCCAGAAACCCAAAACUGAUACAAUAUCCACAACCAUGCCCUCCCAGGGUGCAGACAUAUCUGUGAGGAGCAGCACUAAUCCUAACCAACCAACAGCAGCAGAUGAGAAGAAAAUGCAAGAAAUUUUGUCAGAUCCAGAAAUUAGAUUUGUGCUGCUGGACCCAUUCAUUCAACAGCUCUUUGAAACUUUACGGAAAGACCCUGAAAAAGGACAAAGGAUGUUAUCAACAGCUCAGCCUGCUCAACAAGAAAAAAUACAGAAACUGGUAGAUGCUGGACUUCUGGCUUUUCAGAGGUAGCACACAACCAGGGAGCACUAAAAUUGCAAUUUAACUUAAUGGAUACAAAUGGACAUAUAAAAAAAAUCUUUGAUGCUGGUUCAAAAUAAGUUUCAAUAUACAUGGCAUCUUCAUUUAAAAUCUAUGUCAAUUCUGCAACAGUUUCUAAGCACGAGGCUAAUAAGAGGGUGAUCAAACUGGCUGAGCCCAAGAUGACCACAUUUACAUAUGGAUCUUUAUUAAUGUGGACAGGAUGGAAAAUUGGAUAGUUGUAAACUAUGAGUAAUGUAUAUAUUCAUGAAAAAGAAAAGAUCACAAGAAAAUGAAGUGGAGAUUUACAUAUUAUUUAUAAAUGCAUAUUAGUUAGGGAAUUUUGGUUCAAUUUUUGAAAAAAAAACUCCCUUUUUUGAGCAACUGCUGUCUUGGAUAAUUGAUUAUUGAAGUUUGAUAAGCAUCAAGGUUAUCUUAAUUGCUCUUUCCAAACAUUUUAAAAUCAGAUGAUAUAUUUAAAAUGAUUUAAGAGGACAGAGUGAACAUCCACGUAUAUACCACAUUGAUUUUGAGGUAAACAUUUCAAUUAAGUAGGUAACGGUUACAUAUCGUAUUUAUAUGGUCUUUUUACUUAACUGAAUGUUUGAAGAUAGUGAACAUGAACAAAACAUAAUGUAAAUAAUUUAAAUGGUAUGAAUUGAAAAAUGUAUAAUGCUGACAAUAAAAAGCAGAGAAUAAUAAUAACAUGAAAGGGUUAUCCAUGAACUUUAAUUGUUGUAAAAGAAAACAAAUAUGAAAGCAAUGCAACACCACUACUGUAACAGAAAAGUUUCACAGAGUUUAAGCACAACCCAAUUUUUAAAAGUUCAUUAAUUUUAAAGGGAGAACUUGGUAUGCUUCAAUACCUGUAUGUAUUAACUUUUUUGCUUUGCAGUUUCAUAAAUCUUUAAUAACCAAUCUUUUUUGUCCCUUUUAUAUCAAGGCCUUUUGAAAAUGUUUCAUUUUUUU